AAUUCUCGUCGAAUGUCAAUAUGGCGGACGUAAAAGUUUGCCGGAAGAAGAAACUUUAUUACAUUUAAACUGUUUCUACAGUAGCUAGCUACACUUGUCUCCAUUAUAUAUAUUCUCCAUAAACAAAAGGAAGAUGUCUAUGUCAGAAAAUAAGGAUAUCGCCUGCUACUUCAUUACAAAGCACUCAUGGAAGGGAAAGUACAAGAGGAUCUUUUCUGUUGGGACACAUGGCAUCACUACUUAUAACCCAGCUACCUUUGAGGUCACAAAUCAAUGGAUGUAUAGUGAGUUUCACUCUAUACUGCCCAACACUAAGGCACAAACUAACAAUGAGUUUGUUAUCACAGUCACCAAGGGCAAGAAGACUGACACAAUGAAGUUCUCCACUGAUCAUAGGGCUGAUCUAAUGACAGAAGCACUGCGAUUCAGAGCCAGAUUUGCAGAUAAGGGACCAACAUCUCGACGCUUUAAUGCAUUCAAAUAUCAUUGGUCAGAUAAGAGGAUCCCAGUUGUGCUGGAGGUGAAUGCUGGGUCUCUGGACCAAAGGGAUGCUGUCACCAAUAGACUCCUCUGUUCAUAUGAUUACAAAGACAUGGAAGGGCUCACACAGGUGUCUGACUACAGUGGGGGGAUUGCAGUUAUACAUGGUGGAUUCAAUAGACUGCACCUUUUUGCCCUUGAGUCCAGGGAUGAACUUAUUAAAUCUGUGAUUGAGACAUCUGGAUAUUACACAGGAGUAGCAUUAAGAUUGCGAAAGGACCCUAUAACAUUUGACCAAUUUACUGUCCAUAGGCUUGGAAAAUAUAGCACUGAUGAAGCUUUGACUUCAUAUGCAGAAUUCACAGUACAAAAAAUCACUCAUAGACAUGACGAUCCAACAAGACGCACUUUGUGUCUCACUGAAACUUGCAUUGUCGAGAGGGAUCCAGCGACUUACAAUAUAUGUACAUGUAAACCAUUAUGUGAUAUAUUUGCCAUUAUCAGAGAUGACAGUAAUCCCCAAAAGUUUAUGAUAGAAUAUGUGAAAGGUGCAAUAAGAAUCUACACAAGUACAGAAAGAGAUGCUCUGAUAGCGUCAAUGCUGGAUGGUGUAAGGGCUUCUGGUAACAGAGAUGUGUGUGUCCGAAUGAGUGUAACAGACAGAGGAAAGCGAUUAGGUCCCUUCACAGUUCCAGUUGAUGAAGAAGUAGAAAGUCAACACAUGAGAUUCCUGCAAAGCCCGCCAGUAGGGAUGACAUUUGCUGAGGCAGUGUCACGUUUCAAUUCCAAUGUAUCAUAUAGUGGUCUCCUUCAUGCUGUCACUGCUGAUGGUUUAUUUGCUGAGAACAAAGAGAAGUUGAUAAAUGCUAGUCUGAUAGCACUGCUAGAGAAGGAGGGAGACCAGAAUGCAAUCUCCGCAGAAGAGCUUGAGGCUCAGUUCCAUGCGCUUCGCCGUCUUGUUGCAUCAAAAGCAGGCUUCAUGGCCUUCACAAACCUCCCAAAAAUGCGGGAGAAGGUUGGGCUGAAGGUGGUGCGUUCGCUAAGUCGUAAGAAUGAUGGAGUAACCCAUGGUGCAAUAGAUAUGCUCAAUGCUCUCAUGCAGCCAAUGCAUGAUGAUUAUGACAUCAGACAAGAACAACUGAACAAAGCUUCUCUUAUGUCAUCCAAGAAGUUCCUGGAGAAUCUACUUGAACUCUUCAAACAAAAUGUUGUACACAACACAGGUGCAUUAGUGAUAUCUGGAAUGCUGGACUUCCUUACCUUUUCAUUAUGUGCUCCAUACAGUGAGACAACAGAUGGCCAGCAGUUUGAUACAUUGCUACAGAUGGUUGCUGAUGAAGGCCGUGCAGUAUUCAAACUUUUCCAGCAUCCAUCUAUGGCGAUUGUGAAAGGCGCUGGAAUGGUGAUGAAAGCUAUUAUAGAGGAAGGUGAUCCAGAAAUUGCGGCGAAGAUGCAGGAGUUGGCUCUUGCAGAAGGAGCUCUACCAAGGCACCUACACACAGCAAUGUACACACAAAGUACUGAUGGGCGACAACUUACUCUCAGGCAGCUGAGUCGUCACCUAGUUGGUUUAUGGGUCACUGGCCACCCUACUGCAAUGGCUUUGCUCAAAAGAAUCAUGCCUAGUGGUCUGCUGCAGUAUCUAGACAGCACAGAUGAACCACCAGAUGAUGAUGUUGACAGAAUGCAUGUACGAGAUAACCUAAAACUUGCACUGGCUGACCAGAACAAAUCUAAAAGGAACCCGCAGUGGAGGAUCAUAGAGAAACAACUAGAGAAGCAAAUAGAUUUGGUACUGACCCAUUGGAGAGCUAGAAUAGGCAUACAGAAGAAACAGACUGAACAAAAGCCAAUAGUACUGAGAAAGAGGAGACAAAGAAUCAAAAGUGAAGCAAACUGGAAAAUGUUUUACUACAUGUUUGCUAUCGAUCAUGCCAAGUCUAACCUUAUAUGGAAUUACAAGACUAGGGAAGAAUUGAGGAAUGCACUAGAAGAUGAAAUACGAGCAUUCAAUGUAGACAAAGAUUUAAGCAGUAGUUAUAUGAUCUCAUGGAACCACCAAGAGUUUGAAGUUCGUUAUCAUUGUCUGGAUGAGGAAAUUAAAAUUGGUGACUAUUAUCUUCGGCUCUUACUCGAAGAGGAUGAAGAUGAGGAAUCCAGUGCUAUUAAACGCUCGUAUGAAUUCUUCAAUGACCUGUACCAUAGGUUUCUCUUGACCCCCAAGAUUAACAUGAAGUGUAUGUGCUUGCAAGCUAUGACCAUAGUAUAUGGUAGAUGUUACGAGGAUAUUGGAGCAUUCAAUGACACUAAAUAUAUUGUUGGCAUGCUAGAGAGGUCAACAGACAAGCUGGAGCGUGAUAGGUUGAUAUUGUUCCUCAACAAACUCAUUCUCAACAAGAAAAAUGUAAAAGAAAUCAUGGAUGCAAAUGGGGUGAAGAUACUUGUUGAUCUGUUGACAAUUGCACAUCUCCACACCACCAGGGCCACUGUACCACUGCAGAGCAAUGUAAUAGAGGCAGGUAAUGACAUGCGUAGAGACAGUGAGAAGGAGUGGUACUAUGGCAACGCUGACAAAGAAAGACUUGGUCCUUACAGUUAUGAAGAGGUGAAGGAGUUUUAUGACCAGGGCAUAGUUCACUCUAAGACAAGAUGUUGGGCACAGGGUAUGGAUGGGUGGCGACCUCUACACACAGUGCCCCAACUUAAGUGGUGCCUAUUAGCUUCAAACACUGCAGUCAUGAAUGAGAGUGACCUUGCUACAAUGAUACUCAAUAUGCUCAUCAGAAUGACUGAGUAUUACCCAAGUCGAGACAGUGAUGGUGCAAUAAUCCGGCCCUUACCCCGGGUGAAGAGGCUUCUAUCAGAGGCCACAUGUCUCCCACACAUAGUGCAGUUACUUCUUACGUUUGACCCUGUACUGGUUGAGAAGGUUGCAACGCUGCUUUACCAUGUUGUACAAGACAACCCUGUUCUACCCAGACUCUACCUGACUGGUGUUUUCUUCUUCAUCAUGAUGUACACUGGGUCGAAUGUACUUCCAGUGGCUAGAUUCCUCAAGUACACACAUCUCAAACAAGCCUUCCGCUCUGAUGAGAAUAAAACCUCAGAUAUCAUGAUGCAAAGUGUUGUUGGACAUAUUAUACCUGAAGCAAUGGUGUGCUACCUUGAGAAUUAUUCACCAGAGAAGUUUGCUCAGAUCUUCCUAGGAGAAUUUGACACGCCAGAAGCAAUAUGGAGCAAUGAAAUGAGGCGAAUGAUGAUUGAGAAGCUAGCGUCACAUUUAGCAGACUUCAGCCCAAGACUGAUGAGCAACACCAGAGCCCUCUAUCAGUAUUGUCCAAUACCAAUGAUCAUUUUCCCACAACUAGAAAAUGAACUAUUUUGCCAUAUAUACUACCUACGCCAUCUAUGUGAUACUACAAAGUUCCCAGAUUGGGAGAUAAAGGACCCGGUGAAACUGUUGAAGGAGAUCUUAGAUGCUUGGAAGAGGGAGGUUGAGAAGAAACCUCCAUCCAUGUCACUAGAGGAGGCAUAUGAGGUGCUCAACCUUAAGACAGGAUCAGGGGGACACGAGGAGGGCAAGAUAAGGAAGGCUUAUUUCAGACUUGCCCAGAAAUACCAUCCAGACAAAAACCCAGAUGGAAGGGAUAUGUUUGAGAAAGUGAACAAGGCAUAUGAGUUCCUCUGCAGUAAAUCAAAGGAGGUUGAAGGACCAGACCCAAAAAACCUUGUGCUAAUUCUACAUGCACAGAGUAUACUUUUCAGCAGAUACCAGGAAGUGUUAAAACCAUACAAGUAUUCAGGCUACCCUAUGUUGAUAAAGACUAUUCAACUAGAGAGCCAUGAUGAUGCAUUAUUCUCAAAGGCAGCCCCACUUCUCACAGCAGCCAGUGAGUUAGCCUACCACACAGUCAACUGUUCAGCUCUCAAUGCAGAAGAGCUCAGAAGGGAGAGUGGUAUUGAGACACUUAAUGAAGCAUUUGCCCGCUGUGUCUCAGUCUUGAGUCAUUCAUCCAAGGAGGAAGAUAUGUCUGUACAGGUGUGCACUCAUAUAUCACGUUGCUACACAGUUGCCUCUGAGUUUGAAGGCUGUAGGGAAAAAAUACAAGAGAUCCCUGCUAUUAUAAAAGACAUCACUAGAAUUCUCUAUUUCAAGAACCUGGCCAGACUGUGUUCUGUGGUGUCAGAUUGUAUAAGUGCCUUCUGUGUUGACUUUUGGCUGCAAACAAACCUCUACCAGGCGGGGGCAUUGUGGCACUUACUGCUCUAUUUAUUCAAUUAUGACUACACUUUGGAGGAAGGGGGUGUAGAAAAGAGUGGAGAAACUAACAAACAGGAAAUAUCUAAUAACCUGGCAAGACUCUGCGUUAAUGCCUGUUCACGUCUAGGAGGCUAUCUAGCGGGAGAUCUAGCAACCCCUGACAACCCUGCAGUAAAGAACUCACUUAGUGCCAUGCUUACACCUUAUCUUGCACGCAAACUAAAGGAUGAGAACCCUGCAGAGGUUCUAAAGAUCCUAAACAGUAACACAGAGAAUCCAUAUUUGAUUUGGGACAAUGCAACAAGAGCAGAGUUGACUGAAUUUUUAGCAGAUCAGCAGCAACAGAUGGUGAAAACUGGGGAAUGUGAUUCUCAGUUUGGUGCUGAAUUCAAGUUUUCUGUUCAUGCCAAGGAACUCAUUGUUGGAGAAGUAUUUGUGCGCAUUUACAAUGAACAGUCAACCUUCCCCCUUGAGAACUCUAAAGGGUUUACCAUAGACCUGUUGGAUUACCUUGGGUCUCAGGCUCAAUACCUGCACUCCCUUAUGGCACUCUCCAAGCAGAACAACGCAGCUCCUCAGCAGGGACAAGGGGAGAGACUCCUCAGGGUGGAGAUGGCAUUAGAGGCCCUCAGAAAUGUCAUUAAAAAUAACCCAGGGGUUGAAAUACAAUGUAUUGGACACUUCAAGCUACUCUUUGCUCUGCUCCGGCUAAAUGGAUGUCAAAAGGUCCAGCAAUACUCCCUUGAGGUGAUCAACUUGGUAACAGGCAACCAGGAAUGUGUCAAUGAUAUAGCAGCAUCAGAGGUGAUAGCUCAACUACUGCUGGUCAUUCAGAGUUUGCAGCAAUGCCGUGUUCUAACAUUAGAGACAUUAUAUGCCCUAGCAUCGAACACAAAAAUCCUAAAGGAAGCUAUGAACAAAGGAGCAUUAAUAUAUCUCUUGGACUUAUUCUGUAAUGCUACAAACCCAACUGUCAGGGAAAAAACCGCUGAACUUUUUGCCAAGGUAUUAUCGGAUAAACUUGUUGGGCCCAAAGUGAGACUCAUACUUGCAAAGUUUUUACCGCCAAUAUUCAUGGAUGCAAUGCGGGAUUCCCCUGAAGCUAGUGUACAUAUGUUUGAAGGAAGUCAUGAGAACCCAGAGUUGAUUUGGAAUGAUGAAGCCAGGGAGAAGGUUUCAGCUAUCAUUAAACGUAUGAAAGAUACUCAUUACAAGUCACAAAUGGACAACCCUGAUGUCAAAUGGAACGUCACAGAUGAUUUCAAUGUUGUUUACACUGAAGCUGCUGGGGAGAUUGCAAUUUCAGGCGUAUUUCUCCGUCUCUUUAUUGCCAAUCCUGGUUGGGUGCUUAGAAAACCAAAAGAAUUCAUGACUGAGCUACUGGAGAAGUUUGUAGAGAUGACCUCAUCUCGUUCUCCAAAUGGUGAUAUGUUAGAAACAAUUACUACAGCGAUAGUUGCAUUUUUCUCUGCGCAACCAGCUUGGCUGGACCAAGUGCCAUCUCUUGGUCACAUUCCACGCAUCUUCCAAGUGAUGAACUCAAAGAAUGAUGCCAUUCCAAAGUCUGCUAUCCAAGUGACACAUCAAUUAGUACAGAGUGAUGUGUGUAUACGCAGUAUGGCUGGUGUUGAGUGUAUAGGCCAGAUCAAGAUUGCUAUGAAGAUUAGGAAAGAUAUGAUAGGCCUUGCUUGUGAAAGUCUCAACAAAAUGUUCUCAACAGGCGAAGAUGAGCUCAUUCAACAGGCUAUCAAGACAGAGAUGAUCCAGUUUCUCUUGAGAUUACUUGAAGGUGGAUUAGAAGCUGUGGAUAAUCCAGCAGGAGUCAAGGCCCAAAUAGUCAAGGCCCUCAAGGCCAUGCAGACAAGUUUGCAGUAUGGAGAACAGGUCUCUGGUAUACUAGAGAAGUCCCCUGUAUGGAAGGAAUACAAGGACCAGAGGCAUGAUCUCUUCAUUAGUGAUACAAACAUAGCUGGAUACCUCACAGGUCCUGGUGUUGCUGGCUAUCUGACUGCAGGUUCAAGUAAAUCUGGAGCUAUGCCAGACAGACCCCCACCAGUGGUGGACAACUCUGAGGGCUAAACAUAGUCAUGGAUAUUGUUUUUCAACAUGGAGUUAGUAAGGAUAGUGAUCUAAUGGUAGAAAUUUAAAUAAGUUUUUUUGCCAGGACAUCAGAUUUUAACAUUACCUUUGGAGAUGUAUAUAGCGUGCUAUUAUGUGAGAAUAAAGAACAAAGUGUUUAUCCUCAAUCAUUUUUAUUGAGCAACCAAGCAGCCAUGCAAGUUGAUUCUGUCUUACUUGGAACGACUAGUUAGAUUAUAGUGGUGAAUAUGUACAGAGAUGACAGACGCUGUGACAUUUAAAGCUUGUAAGAAAGAAAGAUGAAUGAGACUGUUUAUAAAAUAUUUAUUCUAAGGAUGUUUAUUGAUGAUCUACAAUGGAGUUAUUUUUAUAGACCAAUUGUUGAUGUGUAUGAAUUAUGAGGUAAUCAUCUUCAUUCAGAGGUAAUUCCUAAUUGACAUAUUGUAAGCAUUUUACAGGGUGACUCAAAAAAGCAGAACCCAUUACUUUUAUUCAAAGAUUUGUCAGUUGUGUUUUUGGGUCACCCUGUAUAUCUCUCUGGUUAAUCAGAACUCAGUAUAGCCAUAUUUUAUAUUUUACAGAUGCAUGGUUAAUAAAGGAAAACUGUAAUAAGGGAAGGCAUCUACCUUAAAUGUGAAAACUAUAAUAUAAGUAAAGGUGAUAUCUUUAUGCAAUUCAAAAUGUUAAUGCCUCAAUGCCCUUAUUACAAUGCCCUUCUGGUUGAAUUUCAAUUUUUAAUUAUACUGUUCAAAACCUUUAGCUGUGUUUAUAAAAAUUUGAACUCAGGACUCGAUGAAUUGUUGGUGAUAAUGUUUCUCAUAUACUAGUCUUAAACAGCGGCCUUGGCAUAACAUAGAUUAAAUUCAUAAACAAUUUAUUGAAUUCUGAGCCUAAAUCCUAUAUUAAUAAAACCUGCAUUUAUGAACAACUUUCCGAAGUGAACAUUAUUUAAAAGGCAAACUCAUUUUGAGUCCCAUUUCUGAUGUCUCAUGUAUUCCUAUGUUAUUACAAGAACCUAUUAUUGUUAGUAAUCUUAAAUGUGAACACCGAAUGCUGAUCCCAGCAGCGUUCACUAUACAAGUCUUACACUACUUGUUUUGAGUACGAAAAAGAUAAAAGAUUAUGGUGAUCAAUCAACAAAUUAAAACUUCUUGAUUGUUGUUAUUGAUUCAUUGUAUAGUAUUGUUAGAUGGUAGUCAUCUAGUUGUAUCUAUUAUUGUUAAUGAUGCCGUGUACAUGCAAUCUGUACUCCUAUAAUAAAUGCCAAAAUAUGCCAAAUAUACUAGAGAGGCUUCAAAUUAUUUGGACUAUUGUAUUCCUAACCAUGCAUUGGUACAGAUAUACAGAUAUACCCUCUGUUUAACAAAAUUGUAUGUGCCAUUAUUGAAUGUGGAGUUUUGAUUUGUUUCAGAAUAUGAAAUGCUUUAUUUAAAAUAUUCAUGUCUGGAAUUUGAUUGGAUGAGAUUCAAGUUAUUCAUUGUUCAACACUUUAGGGUAGAAAAUUAAAUUCAGAAAGGUUGAAAUCAUUGUCAAAAAUUGUGAGUAUUAGAUGAUAAUGAAUUUUGAAUUUUCCAAAAUCAAAACCACUUCUUAUAACUUUCCAUUAUAGUCAUUUUUGAGGAAAUUGUGAAAUUCCCAGAUUUUUACCUGACCGUUGCAAUCUGUGAAAGCACCAUUUGAUUCAAAUUUUGAAGCAUCU